AUGGCGACGAGCAACAUCCACCCGGCCGACACAGCCUACUCGGUUCUCGAACAUUUCCAUCCCGAGGACGAAACAGCAAGAGUCAGAGCAGACAUCGUCCUCGUUGCUGGUCUGGGCGGACACUACAUCAAAAGCUGGGAAGCCGCCGAUGGAUGCGCCUGGCCCUGGCAUCUCCUGCCCAGCAAGGUGCACGACAUCCGUGUCCGCUCGUUUCGCUACACCACAACCAUCUAUGGUACGACGAGCAAGGCCGGUAUCAGGGCCCACGCCACCGACUUACUUUCUAAGCUGUACGACGAUCGGGAAGAGGAUGAGGCUGCCAUGAUACGCCCGAUCAUCUUCGUCGGCCACAGCCUUGGGGGGAUCAUAAUCAAACAGGCCAUUCGACUAGCCCGUGACAAGCAAAAAUUUAAAUCCCUGUGGGAGGCAAGCCGAGGAAUUGCAAGCAGAGAAAUGUUCUUUGCGACGCCACAAUGGGGUAUGGACGAAGCCGCAUGGGAUUUCUUUGCCGAGUGCGUCCUGCGGCGAAAUGCGCCAGAAAAGGACGUCGACCCGACAGAAACGAUGGUGAACGACAUCAAGCUGAACAGCGAAAUGAUGUACAGAAUAUCCCAAGACUUCAAGGCGGUUCAGAAGAACCUAGCAUUUGUGUCCUUCGUGGAAGAGGUACCCAUGGAUGGUGCGAAACAAGUACUCGUCACGGAGGCCCAGGGGUUGAUCCAUGAUAUCGAAAGGGAGCGGCAUUCCUUUACGUCUGGGGACCAUCUCGAGUUGUGCAAGUUUGGGCACAACGAGGGUGAUAGGUUCAGGCCGGUGUGGAGCGGAGUGGAAUGGCUGAUCAGUCAGAUGCCAAAGCCAAUCGAUCGACUCAGCCUGCAGGAGAGGAAAGCGCUGUAUUCUCUUUGCCCAGAAGAAUUCCACCGAUAUUUUCUCAACAGAGAGUCGACAGAGGGAACUUGCACGUGGAUCGCCCAGCGGCCCGAGUUCAGAGACUGGCUGGAUGGCAUACCGGGGAGGCACAAACUCUGCGUAAGCAGCCAACCAGGCGGCGGCAAGAGCUUUCUCGCCAAACACAUCAUUGCCGCCAUGUCUUCAACGCCUCAUGAGGCUAUCUACUGCUUCAUGAGCAAUUCCACCCCAGGAAGAGGCAAUCUUCAAGCUUUGAUGCGAGCCACACUUCACCAAGCCUUGCGUUUGGAACCCGAGAUAAUCAGGGACCUCCUGCCAAAAGUUUCUCAGUCUUUGCACCUGGGCUCAAAGAUGUGGGCUCAAGGUCUGCUCGCAACUCACUGGCCUGAGACAAUGGCCAAAGUUGCAGCACGCCAUUCUCUGGCAUUUGUUGUGGAUGGGCUAGAUGAACUCCGGGAUGAGUGCAGGACGGGAUUCCUUACGUGUAUUCGACAGUUCGAGAAGAAUCUUGAAGAGUUGAAGCCCGAGAAACACAAAUCUGACAGCGAUACAAGACCGAAGUCCUCCAAGUUUCGCAUCUUGAUACUGUCACGGAAAGCGUCAGACCUGGGAACGCAACUUUCUGUGUGCGGAUUCAACCAGUACGCCGUCACCCCCGAGGACACCGCUGAAGAUUUCAAGAAGAUAGUGAGAAUUAGCCUCAGGAAGCUAUGGGACUUCCUCAAAAAACCCGAUCAAUCGUUCACCUCAGACUAG